UUUAAAGUUUUACUGUAUAUAAUCUAGUCAUUCGUUUAAUGCAAGUAGAUAUUACUUUGAAAUUUUAAAAAAUAAAUACUAAGCAUUAUUAAUUAGUUUGUUGGGAACCAAAAAUUAGAGUAGUAUUUGAGUAAGGUAAAUGAAAAUAGUCAACAAAUGGAAAAGUAUAUUGUGGUGAAAGAAAUGAGUCAAUAAAUGGAAAAUUAUAUUAACAAAAAAAGAAAGUUGACUGCCAUUUAUGGUUCCAUAUCUUUCUUGUUAGGCAAAUGGACAAAAGCUGAAACAAUAAGAACGUUAUAUAAAUACAUGUCAUGAAACCAUUUCUUUAAAUUAUUAUAUUUCAAUUGAGGGUUUUCGUUUGUUUCCGCUCAUUUUUUGCUGUGUGUUCUUCUUCACCAAUUCUCUCUUUCUAGAAAAGCUUGAGAAGCUGCCAUUAAAUCCAUUCAACGGUUAAGCUUCUCUCUGCUCUUUCCUUUCAUCAUCGCAGGUUUGCUUUGAUCCACGCGGCGUCGUUUACGGCCUUCAAUCUCUCACUUCCUUUAUUAUUUGAAUUUUCCGAGGCUUUGGUUUCUGAUUUCAAUCCUAGUUUUUUUUUCCGAUCGAGAAAAUUCCUAUGAGAUUUUGUUCGGCAUCUCUGUUUUUUUUGUUUUCUGUGGCAGUUAUUGUAAAAUCUGGAGAUUUAGUUGAUAGAAGAAAUGAAUUUGAUUGGUCCUCUAGCAUUUUGAAAAAUAUCGAGUUUGUAGGGUUUAUUCUCAUUCUCAUUGCUUAUAUGAUAUGCAGGUAUUGAUUUGAUUCAUGAAUUAGUUUGGUUCAUGCGAGUGAGUGAUUGAUUAGAUUCUCUUGUGUCUGUGUGAUGUGACUAUGAAUGACACAUUUGAUCAGAGUAUAUUACUGUGAUUCUAAUUUGUAUAUUCAAUCUCUAAUUUGCCUAGUUUGAAAGUGAGGCUUAAGCUGUAGAGUAAUGUCGGAGACUAGUAAUGAAGACUAUAGAUCAGGACAAUCAUCAGAGGAAGAUAAUUCAAAUGGACAAAUAAGUCAUUCAGAAGCACUUGCGGAGUGGCGUUCGUCUGAUCAAGUUGAGAAUGGGUUUCCUUCGACGUGGCCUCCCUACUGGGACAUUGAUGAUGGAUCAAAACAUUCUGAACUAUAUGGGAAACAUACUUGGAAGAUUGAGAAAUAUUCAGAAAUCAGCAAACCUGAGCUCCGCAGUGAUGUUUUUGAUGCGGGGGGCUACAAAUGGUAUAUUACAAUAUAUCCACAAGGGUGGGAUGUUUGCAACCAUCUCGCUUUGUAUCUCUGUCUUGCAAACCAUGCAGAACUUCCUCCGGGCUGCAAUCAUUUUGUUCAGUAUACUUUAGCUCUUGUGAAUAAAGAUCCAAAGAAAUCGAUAUAUUUAGAUGCAGUAAACAGGUUAAAAAAGUUGGAGCAUCACUGGGGAGGGAAUAACUUUAUAGAGUUACCUAAAUUACAGGAAGGGUACAUUGAUGAUUUGGACUCUCUUAUCAUUAAGGCUCAAGUUCAGGUGAUCAGAGAGAAAAUCGACAAACCUCUCCGCUGCCUUUCUAGUCAGUACAGGAGGGAACUUCUUAGGGUAUAUGUGCCAUAUGUAGAGAACAUUUGGUGGCAGUUUAUGGAACUGGAAAGAAUCAGAUUUUUGGAGCUGAUGCAAGACAAGGAAAAAUGGGAAAGCUUUAGUUCCUUCUGGUUACGGCUGGACCAAAACACAAGGCGUAAGAUGUCUCGAGAGAAAAUGGAUGUGGUUCUAAAUGUAGCUGCAAAAAUCUUCUUUGUCUUGAGGCAAGGUACAUCCACUUUGAUGAUGGAUUCCUUGUACAGUGGGUGGAAGACUAUUGAAGAAGAAACUAAGAAGAAGAAAAAUAGGCAGGUACAAAUGGAUAACGUAGAAUUGCCAGCAGGCCCAGCUCCAAUUGUUAGUGUGGACCAAGACAUGUUUGUAUUAGUGGAUGAUCUGUUAGUACUCAUGAAGAGGACUGUUAUGGCACCAUUAAUUCCUAUAAAAGAGGAAAAGGGUUCUCAAAACCCUUCGAAGGUGGGGGAUGUUGGAGAGGAAUACAGUAAAGAAGCCAUAGGGCGUGAUGAGAGUCGUUUAACUGAGGUUGGUAGGCGGACUAUGGAGAUGCUUGUUCUUGCACAUAUAUACAGCAACAAGGCUAAAGUUGCAUACAUAGAACAUACUGCAUGGGAAAGGCAAGAAGAACUUAUUCGCGAAGAAGAGGAAGAGUGUCUGGCAGAAAGCAAACACAAGGCAAAUAGAGGAACAACCGAAAAAGAGAGAAAAUCUAAGAAGAAACAGGCGAAACAGAAAAAGAACAAAAAGGAGAAAAGGAAAGAAGAGAGGUUGAGAUCCCAAACAGAAGAAAGGGAUACUGAGAAAGAGGAAAAAGUGAGAGCUAAAGCAGAAUCAUCAGGUGAUAAACCUGACACACUUGGAGAGAGCAGCCCUGUUCAGUGUGAAUUAGAUGCAUCUAAGAUUCACCAUCCCCCAUCAGAAGACACUAGCAGAGGAAGAGGCAGUUCCAUAUCUAUCCCUAGUGGAGUUGCAGAAAGAAAGUAUACCUCAGUUUAUUCUGAUCAAUCUGUCCGAACAGGGGUAGCCAGUGGGUCAUACAAAGGGAAUGUUUCAAACGGGCAAACCAAGAUUUGGCGUAUAAAAGGAAAAACGCAACCAAGAAACGUAUCUGGUGCCAACAGCUCAGCCACUGAAACAGAGAACCAACCUUCAAGACAUGCAUCUAACCCUAAGAGUCAAAGCCAUUCUUCUGAGACACGCAGAGUUGUUGAAGCUGGCGUGGUUAUCUCUCCCAUCCAAGAAGCACAGAACCCUAGGGAGCAUAAUCCUGUUACCAAGGAUCGUGGCACGGUUCAGAGGCAAGAGAAAAGCCCUGCUGUGUUUUCCCCACCCAAAGCUUCUCCCUGGAAUCUCAAAUCUGUAGCACAAGCAAAACCGGAGAAAAGGGGUGUUUUCAAGUUAGAUACCGUUCCAAAUAGGAAAGCAAUAUCACCUUCGUCAGAUCAAGCAUCACCGUCUCGACAUAUUGAGUUCCAAACUGUGGGUUCUAGAGCCGCUGUACAGAAUACUACUUCCCCAAUACCUUCCAUGUCAACAAGGCCUUUGCGUGCUCCUACCUUCCUUCCAAAGCAAGCUGCACCUCGAACCUCAGCAACGUCCUUUGCUCGUUCAGUGAGCUCAACAGGCCCUGUAAGUGCCCCGACACAUACUCAAACUUACAUUCCUCAAUCCUAUAAAAAUGCCAUAGUUGGUUCCGACCACUCAAGCUCUCAGUCGACGGGAACAAGCGCAUUGGUCUCAGUAUCUAAUCAGUCUGGCUUCCCUCUCAACGUUGGCUCGGCGGAGGUUUCGUCCGGUGGGCUCUUGUGGACUGGUGGUUCAAGCUCAAACAGAGAUACAACAACUACAACAACUAUCAGCGGGAAUCAUAGAAUGAACGCUUACAGCGCACCUGUAAGUACUAGCAUGAGGCAAAAUGAUGUUCAGAUUAGGAGACCAGCACAGAGUCUGAUGACCGAUGAGUUCCCUCAUCUGGGUAUCAUCAAUGAUCUGCUCGAAGAAGAACCUGUUUUGAUGGACACAACUAGCGGAUACCGUUUGCCACAAUGGUUGAGCGACGUGUACUCAUUUCUUGCGGAUAUGGGGAUCGCUGGGAGGUCUAGGAGUUACACUGAUGAUGGAUUUUACCAAUCUUACGGUGAACACAUGUCAGAUUCUUCGUCAUCAUCUUCUUCUUCGUUGUAUGGGAACGGCCAGAGUGCGAAUAUGGACUUGUCUUUAUUGGCGACGAGGAGCCAGAACGAUGCGUUCUACUUACCCUUCCUUUGACGUAGACUCAUCAAACCCGAACUUGUCAGCUCCAAUCAACGGCUACUGAGUUUUUGUGUUGGAGUGGCAGGUAUGCAUUGUGUUAUAUAUAUCUUAUACAUAUGAAGAUGGAAAGAAAAGUAAAAGAAAACAUUUAUGUAAUGUUAGUUUUCGUCCUCUUCGUUUCAAAUGAACUCUCUAUAGAUUUUUAAAAAUAAUACAGUAAUAAUUAUGUCUCUUUUUAUUUCCUUUGGUGUUCAUAUAUUUUGCUUUUUUUUUAAAGGUUUAUAUAUUUUGCUCUUUUUUAA